GCGGGACGUUCUGAGGGCCUCAGGCCUCCGGCAGCCCCCCUUCUAGGGAAACCGAGGCCCCUGCGGUGAGCUGCUGCUGAGCCAGGGGGAUACUGAAGAUGAUGACCUUCUGCCAAGGCCUUCCAGGCCAGCAGCCUGUGCCAGGGACCCUUGACUUCCCCAGAAACCCCCAGAAGUUGCCCUCCACGUCAGAGGCAGAGUCAGAGGCCUCCAUGUCAGAGGCCUCCUCUGAGGACCCGGUGCCAUCCCUGGAGGCUGAGGUAGCCCCCGAUAGGGACAAGGAAGAGGCUGGGAAGAAGAAGAAGAAGAAGACAAAAGGACUAGCCAACAUGUUCAGCGUCUUCACCAAAGGGAGGAAGAAGAAGCCUCAGCCCAGCUCAGCAGAGCCGCAGGCUGCGCUCCACCCCGAGCCGGAGUCGGGGCCCAGGCUGGGUGGCAGGCUGCCCACAGUGGAGGAGCUCAAGGCGGACCUGGAGUGCGGGCGGCUGGAGGCGGCGCGGCCGCUGCUAGCGCUGGAGCGGGAGCUGCAGGCGGCGGCGGCGGCGGCGGCGCGGCGCGACGUGGCGCAGACGGCGGAGGAGCGCCUGGGCCGGCCGCCGGCCGAGGGCGCCGAAGGCCGCUCGGAGGCCGAGCGCAUCUUCCUGCACAUGGGCCGCACCAUGAAGGAGGACCUGGAGGCCGUGGUGGAGCGGCUGAAGCCGCUGUUCCCCGCCGAGUUCGGCGUGGUGGCGGCCUACGCCGAGAGCUACCACCAGAGCUUCGCGGCCCAGCUGGAGGCCAUGGCGCAGUUCGAGCUGUGUCAGCGCGACACCUACAUGCUGCUGGUCUGGGUGCAGAACUUCUACCCCAAUGAAAUCAUCAAUAGCCCCAAGCUGGCGCGUGACCUCCAGGGCGUCGGGCUUGGGAGCCUCCUGCCCUCCAGGCAGAUCCGGCUGCUGGAGGCCACGUUCCUGUCCAAUGAAGUGGCCAGUGUGAAGGAGAUGAUGGCCCGUGCCCUGGACCUGGAGUCGAAGCGCUGGGCCCAGGAUGUGGCCCCUCAGAGGCUGGACGGCCACUGCCACAGUGAGCUGGCCAUCGACAUCAUCCAGAUCAUCUCCCAGGGCCAGGCCAAGGCCGAGGAAAUCACCCUGGACCUGGGCAUGCAGAUAAAGCACAUGCUGCUGGUGGAGCUGGUUGUGUUCCUGAGGAGCUACCAGCGCGCCUUUGAUGAAUUUCUGGAGAGGUGCAGACUGCUGAGAAAUUACAGGGCCAAUGUCAUCGCCAACAUCAACAACUGCCUGUCCUUCCGGACAUCCAUGGAGCAGAAGUGGCAGACAUCACAGGACCUCCCGAGCCACCUGCUGGGCCCGCUGAGUGAGCUCAAGAGUCACGGCUUUGACAACCUGCUCCAGAAGCUGUUUGAGGACCUGAAGCCGCUGUUCAAGAGGUUCACGCAGACCCGCUGGGCGGCUGCCCGGCAGACCCUGGAGGAAAUCAUUGCCACCGUGGGCGAAAGGCUGCCCGAGUUCUUGGAACUGCAUGACUGUUUCCGGGAGGAGCUCAUGGAGGCGGUCCACCUGCACCUAGUGAAGGAGUACAUCAUCCGCCUCAGCAAGCGGCGCGUGGUUCUCAAGACAGCUGAGCAGCAGGAGGAGCUGGCGGGGCACAUUCAGGCCAACGCCAAGCUCAUCCAGCAAUUCUGCAUGCAGAACGGCUCCCCGGCAACCUGGCUGCAUCACGCCCUCCCCACGCUUGCCGAGAUCAUUCGCCUGCAAGACCCCAGUGCCAUCAAACUCGAGGUGGCCACUUAUGCCACCUCUUACCCAGACUUCAGCAAAGGCCACCUGGGUGCCAUCUUGGCCAUCAAGGGGAACCUGUCAAGCAGCGAAUUCAAGAGCAUCCGGAGCAUUCUGGACAUUGACACAGGGGCACGUGAGCCUUUCAAGUCCCUAUUUUCACUUAUAAAGGUUGGUUAGCUUUUCCAGCGGCCUGACCUGCUUGUGAGCACCCGGCGAGCAUCGGACAUCACCCCGCUUAGGGGCUGUUCAGAGCAGCGCUGGCUUCACGGCCCCUCACAGGCUUCCUGCCAUCUGCUGCUGCUUCUGUCCAGCCCUGGCCAAGGUGUAGGCCCCUGGGCAGCUGGAAUUGGACAGGCCCCGGUUUGU